AGCCAAUGGGAGGUGGCGCUGCUGUGUCAGCUGAGGCGGUCCCGCCCCUCAGCGGUUCCGCCAUUGAAGCGGCGGACGGAGCUUCCCUCGGGAGCGCAGCACCGGGAGCCCGCCCUGCUCUCCGUGCCCGCCCUCCCUUCCGUUAAACCGCGCUCCCGCUGCUCCGAGCGGGCCAAUGCCGCCGAGAGAGGCGCCUUAGGGAACAGCAAAUCCUCUCGCAGCGGGUCACCCGGCCAUCACUCAGCGAGCCCUUCUCCCUAUGGGCUGCUCCGGUGUUCCGCCGCGCUCCCGUGACCGUCGAGCGUCACGGGAACGGCAGUCCCGAAGCGAAACCCCGGGGCUGGAUUCCCCAGGGAGCAGAAUCAGCAGGACUCGGCUCCGCUGCCUGCCCGCUCGGUGUUUGGGGGUGUCUCGGGGCGGCUCCGGGCUCGGCCCGUUCGCCAUCCCCACCAGGCCCAACAUGGCCGCCGCGUUGCCGUGGUAACGGUCACUUCCGGCGCCGCCGCCUUCUCUUCCGGCGAGGCGCGGCGAAGAUGGCGGCGCCCGCGGCGGGGCCGCCGCCGGUGCUGCGGAUCGUGGCCGAGUGCGGCCGGAGCCGCGCCCGGGCCGGGGAGCUGCGGCUGCCGCACGGCACCGUACCCUGCCCCGUCUUCAUGCCCGUGGGCACCCGCGGCACGGCCAAGGGCCUGACGGCGGCGCAGCUGGCGGCGCUGGGCUGCCGCAUCUGCCUGGGCAACACCUUCCACCUGGGCACGCGGCCGGGACCGGAGCUCGUCCGGCGCUCCGGGGGCCUGCACGGCUUCAUGGACUGGCCCCACAACCUGCUGACGGACAGCGGGGGGUUCCAGAUGGUCUCGCUGCUGGAGCUGUCGGAGGUGUCGGAGGAGGGGGUUCUCUUCCAGCCCCCCCACGGCGGGGACCCCGUCCUGCUGAGCCCCGAGAGGGCCAUGGAGAUCCAGAACGCGCUGGGCGCCGAUAUCGUGAUGCAGCUGGACGACGUCGUGAGCAGCACCACCACGGGGCCGCGCCUCGAGGAGGCCAUGCUCAGGUCGGUGCGCUGGCUGGAUCGCUGCGUGGCCGCCCACGCCCGCCCGCAGCAGCAGCGGCUGUUCGCCAUCGUGCAGGGGGGCACCGAGCCCGAGCUGCGCCUGCGCUGCCUGCGAGCCAUGACCCAGCGCGCCGUGUCGGGUUUCGCCAUCGGGGGCCUGAGCGGCGGCGAGGCCAAGGCGCGGUUCUGGCGCGCGGUGAAGCUCUGCACCGAGCACCUGCCCCGGGACAAGCCCCGCUACCUGAUGGGCGUGGGCUACGCCACCGACCUGGUGGUCUGCGUCGCGCUGGGCUGCGACAUGUUCGACUGCGUCUUCCCCACCCGCACCGCGCGUUUCGGUUCCGCCCUGGUGCCCUGGGGGUCCCUGCAGCUGAAAAAUCAGAAAUUCGCCAAAGAUUUCCGGCCCAUCGACGCCGACUGCGGCUGCCCCACGUGCCAGAGGCAUUCCCGGGCGUACCUGCACGCGCUGCUGCGCUGCAACACGGCGGCGCUGCACCUGCUCACGCUGCACAACGUCGCCUACCAGAUGAAGCUGAUGGGCUCCAUCCGGGACAGCAUCCUGCGGCAGCGCUUCCCCGAGUUCGUGCGGGAGUUCAUGGCCGCCAUGUACGGGGGGCGCGGGGGGCCCCCCGCCUGGGCUCGGGAGGCGCUGGAGUCCGUGGGGAUCACCCUGGGCUGAGGGCAGCCCCCCUGGUCUCUGGGGAGCCCCCCGAUUCCCGGAGAACCCCCCCCCAGAUCCUGGGGAACCCCCCUGAUCUCUGGGCAGCCCCCCUGAAUCCCUGAGGAACCCCCAGAUCCUUGGGGACCCCCCCAGAUCCUUGGAGAACCCCUCAGAUCCUUGGGGACCCCCCCGAUUCCUGGAGAACCCCCCCAGAUCCUUGGGGACCCCCCCAGAUUCUUGGGGACCCCCCUGAUUCCUGGGGAACCCCCCCUGGAAACCUGGGGAACCGCCCCAGAUCCUUGGGGACCCCUCCCAGAUCCUUGAAGAACCCCUCAGAUCCUUGGGGACCCCCCCGAUUCCUGGGAACCCCCAGAUCCUUGGGGACCCCCCCAGAACCUCCCCAAUUCCCAGGGGAAAUCCCCCCCAAUUCCCAGGCCCUGCCCCCCCCCCCCCAUGUGUUAUUUUUAUACUUUUUUUUGUUGGACAAAAAACGGUUUUUUUACUAUUUUGGGGUUUUUUAGGGGUGGGAAAUAAAAAGAGUUGGGAAGGGAAA